AUGAAUUUUGAGAACUCCUUUGAGCUAAUGGAGUUUCUGGACUGCAGCAUCCGAGAGAAAAUAGACUUAGAAAUCCGAAUACGAGAAGGGAUAUGGAAGCUGCUCUCCCUGACUACAAAAAAAGGCCAGGUUUUACAUGCCGUGAAGAACCUCAUGGUGUGCAGUGCUCGGAUCGAGGCGUACACGGCAGAGCUUCGCAAGUUAGAAGCGCAGACUGGGAAGCAAACCGGAAGACGUGGUGUGAGUUUUGAAAGUAAAGAACGAAAAUCCUGCAAAGGAAAGCUCGCUCUGUCAGACAUUCGAAUACCACUAAUGUGGAAAGACUCCGAUCACUUCAGUAAUAAAGAAUGCUCACAGCGCUAUGCCAUCUUUUGCUUAUUCCGGAUGGGGGCCGAAGUGUUUGAUACCGACAUGGUGAUUGUGGACCAGACGGUCACAGAUAUAUGUUUUGAAAAUGUCACUAUAUUCAGCGAAGCAGGACCCGACUUCCAGAUAAAGCUAGAAGUGUACAGCUGUAGUGCAGAGGAGUCCUCCAUAACCAACACCCCCAAAAAGCUGGCCAAAAAGCUGAAGACAUCCAUCAGCAAAGCUGCAGGAAGGAAAAUAAGUUCAGCACUUCAGGAAGAGAACCAGGAGACAGGCCUGCUCCUCAGCUCUGUUGCGGGCGUAAAGUACCACUUGCUAGCUCACACCACCCUGACCUUGGACAGUGCCGGGGACUGCUUCAAGACCCACAAUCUGUUUGUUCACGGAGACGAGGAGUGCUCCUUCUGGCUUCCCUUGUAUGGCAACGUGUGCUGCCGGUUGGUGGCCCAGCCAGCAUGUAUGGCUGAAGAUGCAUUUGCAGGAUUCCUUACUGAGCAGCAAACAGAAAAGGGUCUGGUUGGUUGGAGAAGGCUGUACUGUGCUCUGAGAGGGGGAAAACUCCGCUGUUUUUAUGGCCCGGAAGAAAUUGAAGCGAAAGUGGACCCGACGCUGGUGGUUCCUGUUGACAAGGAGACCAGAAUUCAAACCAUGGAAAAGGAUUCAAAGACAAUACACCGGUUCUGUGUCAUCAACACAGCUGCUGGGCGAGCGGUGACUCAUAUCUUUGCUGCCGACAGCCUGGGAGACUUCCAAGGGUGGCUGGGUGCCUUCCGGCAGCAUUUCUUUGAUCUUAGCCAAUGGAAGCAUUGCUGUGAAGAACUUAUGAAAAUUGAGAUUAUGUCACCACGGAAACCACCUUUGUUCCUGGCAAAGGAGGCGACCUCCGUGUACCACGAUAUGAGCAUCGAUUCACCUGUUAAACUUGAAAGCUUAACGGACAUAAUACAAAAAAGAAUUGGAGAGACAAACGGACAGUUCCUUCUUGGUCAGGAUGAAGGACCCACCCCUCCCCCGUGGGCCGCAGUCUUCGAUGGCAACCAUGAAAUGGUGAUCCAGAAGAAAGUGUUGUCCCCCGCAGACAAACCGGCCCCUGAAGGGAGAAGGAAAAAGAGGCGAGCUCCACUGCCUCCUACUGACCAGCCUGCCUUCUGUGUAAAGGCACAGAGUGGCACAGAUGAGUCCGAGGACAGCGGGGCGCAGGCGGGCAUCACUGGAGCCUCGCCUUCAGAUCCCAGACUGUCAGGGGUGGCGCAUCACCUGCAGAAACCGGUGGCUGCCCCUCGCAAACUUCCCCCUGCCAGGAAAAACAACUCAGCUGAUGGUGAGCACCCGGACAUGAAAACCAGUUUUGACGAGAAGCCAGUGCCAGCUCCAAGGCAGAAAUCCAUCCGAGACCUUCUGGACCCUCGGUCAUGGCUCCAAGCACAAGUGUAGGAAGCCUGGACUGUG